AUGUCCACCAACAAUGAUGAGCCAACCGAGGGCUCUCGACAGUCACAGGACGCCGUGCAGCGACCGUCGCUCCUUUCGUCGCGUACCAUGUCCGACUCGGGUCGCCGUUCCUUCCAACAUGUACGAUUCUCCACCGAUCUCGAACCUCCUGCCGCAGAAGAACAGCGCGAUGCCCUCCAUAACACCGACCGACGCCCUGGCUCCCGCGGCCUGACAAUUGACACGGCGCUGGCGCCUCCAAUUGUUCAGAACGGAGCACGCUCGCCCAUCUCUCCACUCUCCCCCAAUUCCAACAAUGCCAACCCCGGCCCCAACCCCGGAGCCUCACUUUCCCCGAUAUCCCCACCCGGUACAGACUCCAAUGGUCGAUCUCGCUCGCGAAAUCGUGGAUAUUCCUUGCGCCGGUCUCUGUUCAACAGGAAUAUCUUGUCGCAAGAUGAUGCGGACGCGGCGGAGCUGGGAGAGAUCAAGUCCUCAACGAGUCCGGUCCGGGAAGAGGGCCCUGUUCCUGUUACCCCCGUGAUACCUAGCACCGUGGAAGAAAAAGUGGAUGAGAAGAACGAAUUUAUCGUCGAGCCGACCGCAACUCUCGAAUCAGACAAAGGAGCGACCUCGACGUACUUUUCAUCCGAUCAUUCUGGGAGUGGCUCUGAAAAGGAUCAUUAUAUCGGAAUCGCGCAGGAGAAAUGGUCGAGCAAGAAAGCAGAGAUGGCUGUGCUUUCGGCUCGCUUUGAUGCUUUCCUGACCAAAGUUCAACAUUUCAUUUUGCGUAUUAAGGAAAUCCCGCCGACAGAGAACGGUCGCCACAUCGAUUUGAACCCGGCUUUGGUAGACACUUAUCUUGAUGAGCGCACGGGGAAACCCUAUAUUGAGAACUGGAUUCGAUCGAGCCGCUACAGCUUUUGGAGUUUUUUCCCUCGCCAGCUGUUUGCGCAGUUCACCAAAUUGGCCAAUUUCUACUUCCUCAUUGUGGCCAUCUUGCAAAUGAUCCCUGGCCUGAGUACUACUGGUACCUACACGACCAUUGUUCCGCUUUUGAUUUUCGUUGGUAUCUCCAUGGGCAAGGAAGGGUUUGAUGACUGGCGCAGAUAUCGUCUCGACAAGGAAGAGAACAAUAGCUAUGCGUCUGUGCUUCGGUCCACAGAUGGAAUCACUGAUGGGGAAACAGAAGGCACAGCAGUGGCCAAUGGCUACUUUGAUUGGGUUCAGAUCAAGUGGCAAGAUAUUCGAGUCGGAGAUGUCAUCAAACUGGAGCGUGAUCAGCCUGUUCCUGCCGAUAUUGCUUUGCUGCAUGCCAACGGUCCCAACGGCGUCGCUUUCAUCGAGACCAUGGCUUUGGACGGAGAGACCAAUUUGAAGAACAAAGCACCCUGUCAACCGGUGGCCAAAGCAUGUUCCACGGAGGAAGAAAUUACCCGAAACCAGCUUCAUUUCGUCGUUGAAGACCCCAACUUGGAUCUUUACAAAUUUGAUGGUCAUGUCACUGUCAAUGGACAGGAGAGGCUGCCUUUGACCAACAACGAGAUUGUCUACCGUGGAAGUAUUCUGCGUAAUACCGAUCGCGCCCUCGGUAUGGUGAUCUAUACCGGUGAAGAAUGCAAGAUCCGGAUGAACUCCAACAAGAACCCCCGCAUCAAAAAACCUGCUCUCCAGGCCAAAGUCAACCGCGUCGUCAUGUUGAUUGUGUGCAUCGUCGUCAUCAUGGCUGUGGUUUGCACGGUCUGCUACCGCUUCUGGUCGGAGGAUGUUGAGAAACACUCCUGGUAUCUUAAGAACGCCAGCGUGGCUUACGGUCCAGUCUUCACUGCCUACCUUAUCAUGUACAACACUAUGAUCCCCAUCUCACUUUACGUAAGUAUGGAGAUCGUGAAGGUUGUGCAAAUGUUCCUCCUCAACGAUAUCGACAUGUACGACCCCGAAACCGACACACCUCUCGAGGCACGAACAUCCACCAUCAACGAAGAAUUGGGUCAAAUCAGCUACAUUUUCUCCGACAAAACCGGUACCUUGACAAACAACUCCAUGCGUUUCCGUAAGAUUAGUGUUGCUGGAACGGCUUGGUUACACGACUCGGAUCUCCAGGAGGAAGCUGCUCGCGAAGGCGAUAAACUCUUUCACAAGAAGCGAACCAUCAAAGGCAAGAAAGCCAUUGGACGCAAGUCCAACGUCUCCGAGGUCCGCAUGCCUCGUCCGUCUAAUGUGUCCGCUACCGACGUGCUGCGCCGCUCCACCCCUUACCGCACAACCGAGAUGAUUGAGUACAUUCAACGCAAGCCAUUUACGAUAUUUGCCCGAAAGGCCAAGCUCUUCAUCUUGGCUAUGGCGCUUUGUCACACCUGUAUUCCCGAGAAGGACGACACGGGCGAUUAUACCUUCCAGGCUGCCUCCCCCGAUGAGCUUGCCCUGGUUCUGGCGGCUAAAGAACUGGGAUACCUGGUGAUGGACCGACAGCCGAAUAGCUUGACAAUUCGCACAUAUCCAAACGGCCCCGAUGAAGCAGCCAGCGAAGAAACAUACCAGAUUUUGGAUGUCAUUGAAUUCUCGAGUGCACGGAAGCGUAUGUCUAUUGUGGUGCGCAUGCCCGACCAGCGAAUCUGUCUGUUCUGCAAGGGUGCCGAUACAUCCUUGAUGCGUCUGCUCAAGCGUGCCGACCUGGCACAGGAGAAGUCGCAGGAGAUCGCCCGCCGUACUAGCAAGCGCAAGGCUGCCGAAGCAAACCAUGUCAUUCGCCGAAACAGUGAAUACAACAGUCGAAAGGAUAGUGGUGUUCGGAACAGUCUCAGUCGGCCCAGCUUUACUCGCCGACGUUCGUCUGUCUCUGGUCAGCAUACUUCAACUCUUCGUGCUAGCAUUGAUGUCUGGUUGCGUGAUCGGGAGACCGACGGUGGUAUCACUACCCGUGAAGCUGAUAGCGAAUACUAUUCCCCUCGGCCCUCGGCGCAGAUGUCGAUGGGAAGAAACUCUCUGGCGGUCUCGGACUCUGGUAGCUCCACGAAUGGUGAGGAAGAUGAGGAUCUUGUCGAAGAAGCACUCGUGGUGAAUGAAUCCGCUAUCUUUGAGCGGUGCUUCCAGCACCUGAACGACUUUGCGACUGACGGACUGCGUACCCUACUCUACGGCCACCGUUUCCUGGACGAGACUACCUACAAGACCUGGAAGGCUGCGUACAACGAUGCCUCCACCAGUAUCAUUGACCGACAGGAGAAGAUGGAAGAGGUUGGCGAGCGGAUCGAACAGCAGCUGGAGUUGACGGGUGCUACUGCCAUUGAAGAUAAAUUACAGAAGGGAGUCCCGGAGACCAUCGACAAGCUGCGACGUGCCAACAUCAAAUUGUGGAUGCUGACAGGCGACAAGCGCGAAACUGCCAUCAACGUUGGCCAUGCCUGCCGUCUAGUCAGAGAUUACUCGAAGUUGACGAUCUUGGAUCGACUCAAUGGCAAUGUUGAACAGACGAUCAUUGAUCUGACCACUGAGAUUCUUCAAGGUCGCGUCGCUCAUUCCGUGGUAGUGGUUGAUGGACAGACCCUGGCGACAAUCGAGGAAGAUGAGGUUGUGCGAAAGCGCUUCUUCCAGUUGGCAAUUCGCGUGGACUCGGUGAUUUGCUGCCGUGCGAGUCCCAAGCAGAAGGCGUUCCUUGUCAAGACCAUUCGCACCCAUCUCGAUGACGCCAUCACUCUCGCUAUUGGAGAUGGUGCCAACGAUAUUGCCAUGAUCCAAGAAGCGCAUGUUGGCAUUGGUAUUGCCGGCAAAGAAGGUCUUCAGGCUGCUCGCAUUUCGGACUACUCCAUUGGCCAGUUCCGAUUCUUGCAGAAACUUCUCUUGGUCCAUGGUCGCUGGAAUUACAUGCGUGCAUGCAAGUACACACUUGGUACUUUCUGGAAAGAAAUGCUUUUCUACCUGACGCAGGCGCUUUACCAGCACUGGAAUGGAUACACUGGAACCAGUCUUUACGAGUCAUGGAGUUUGAGUAUGUUCAAUACGCUCUUCACUUCUCUUUCGGUCAUAUUCUUGGGCAUUUUCAGCAAGGAUCUUGCUGCGUCGACUCUUUUGGCUGUACCUGAACUAUACACCAAGGGUCAACGGAACGGCGGAUUCAAUAUUCGAAUGUGGUUCGGCUGGUCUUUGAUGGCUGCCUGCGAGGCAGUAAUCAUUUUCUUCACCAUGUACAGCCUGUUCGGAAUGAUUCAAAUCAAUAUCAGCGACAUUGAUACCUUCGCCCUGGGCCUGCUCACCUUCACUACCUGUGUAGUGGUCAUCAACAUCAAACUCCAGGUCUUGGAAGUCCACAACAAGACCUACCUGAACCUCAUUGUGCUCAUCAUCUCCAUCGGCGGCUGGUUCAUGUGGAACAUGAUCCUAUCCAAAAAAUACAAGCUCAGCUCCGGAAAGGGAGUUUACGACGUCCCCGGCAACUUCAUCCACCACGUCGGCCUGAACCUCCUGUUCUGGGCCGUCCUCCUCAUCACUGCCAUGUCGGUAAUCAUGCUCGAGAUGACAGUCAGCACCCUGCGUGCCCUCUUCUUCCCUACAGACGUCGACAUCUUCCAAGAAUACGAGAAAGACCUCGAUAUCCGCAGACGUUUCGAAGAGGCUGCAGCCACUGAACUCCAGCAGGGCUGGGACCACGGCACCAAGAAGUCUAGCAUUGAGAUUGCACGUGAAACCAUCGAGAUGGAUGCUCGUGAGCGCCAGGUCCAGGAGCUGCUUGCUCGCCCGCGUGUUAUGACCAUGACAGAGGCUAAACCUGUUACUCAUGCACAUGAGAUGGAGGGCUACUCCAGCGGUAGUGCUAGCGCUAGCGCAAGCCAAAUCGGCUGCACUGCUCACGAGACACCCGAUAACCAUCUCACUAUUCCCGUUUCACCCUCCGAAUCCUGUGCUCCGCGCCGCUCCGGCGAGAUCCAUGAUCUAUUCAGUAAGGGCUAUGGUGCAAUCCACAAAGGCCAACUGAAGUGA